UUCCUCGCCUCUCAUUGGCCUCCCUCUUGCUCACAAUGGUAUCGAACCACACAUCCAUUUAGCUUCCCCUUCCCCCCACCACCACCCAAAGCCGUCAUCGCUGCCGUCCUCCAGUGGACAUCCGUAGCCACAUGAUCACAGCCAUGUCGUCGUCCGGCCUAUGCGACGUGUGCGGCACCACGGGCGAGGCGUGCGCGCACUGCACCGAUCUCAACUGCGCCAUCCCCAUGUUCCCCGAGACGAGUCGGGAGCACGAAGGGCUACAUGAGUUCCAAUUCUUCGGGCACGACAAUAACGUCGCCUGGCUUUUUAAUGAUCCCAAAGCGUGCGAGCCGCGGCAGGAAGAGAGGCCGCCGGUUGCUCCGGCCGCUUUCAAGUACUUCGAUAGCUUCCGUGAAGCUUGCAAUAUUCCAGGGCAUGGGCUGACGUUCGAUGUUUGUUUGAGUACGAACAGCCCGCCGGACUGCAUCCAGACAUCAAUGGAGGGUCCGGCCAUGGGGCUGCCGGCAAAAAGUGCCACCAUCAUGUCAAUUUCUGGCAACAUGUUCACUGAUGCCUCAAGCGGAAACAGCAAGGAGGUUGUCGAUGGCAAUGCUUCCAGCCAAGGCGACCCCGGCAUGGAUAGACAAGCCAAGGUCAUGAGGUACAAAGAGAAAAGGAAGAAAAGAAGGUAUGAGAAGCAAAUUAGGUACGCAUCAAGGAAAGCAUAUGCUGAAAUGAGACCACGGGUCAAAGGGAGGUUCGCCAAGAUUCCUGAAACAAGCCAGCCAACCGCUGAGCCGCCUCCUAGUUAUGACCCAGAAAGGCUUGACCUUCGAUGGUUCCAUUCCUAACAGGCAAAAUGCAAGCACUCCUAUAAUAAUUAAAUAAUGGAUUUUUAACCCAAACUUUAUGUUGUGGUUUAAUCAAUUGUUAUAGGAAUAUAACCUGAUAUUCUGCUUGCUUAUUUGCUAAACCAAAAAGAUUUUUU